AUGAAGUACUUCGCCUUCCUCAUCGUCCUGAUGUGCCUCCUCCAGGUCGUCCUGGCCGAAAAGUGUGCAUGCAAGGGAGGAACCGCGCACUCCAAACGCGCCUGCAAUUCUAUUGGAGCUACCUACUCCCACAGCUGCGGAUUUUACGGAUGCUGUGUCAACAAGGGUGACCAGGAGAAGGCUUUCAAAGCGGCUUGUAACGCGUUCGGUUACGGGUUCAAGCAAUGCAAUGAGUGCCCUACGUGCUAG